GAAGCAAACUUCCUCAUCUUGAAAGUAAAUACUGAACUAUGGCCAGCAGUAUCCGAUCACGUACUGUGUGCAGUGGGGCUCUAAGAACAUUUAUUUCCAGUCUUGCACAAAAUGGUGGAAGAUUAUCGCGCAUGAAUAGUCGCCUGUCAAGACAUCUGAGUUCGUUACCCCAGAGAGAGCUCAUUGCAGACGAUGAACUCGGAGUUAAUCUCCUGGAAGGCGAUAAUUCUGGUAUUGCAGUUUUUUCAAUGAGAAGACACAAAACCAGAAAUGCAAUGGGGAGAAAUAUCAUGAAACGUUUUUCUGAGGGCCUUGAUGCUGUAAAAUUUAACAAGGCAGUUCGAGUUGUAAUCAUCAGGAGUGAGGUCCCUGGGGUCUUUUGUGCAGGUGCAGAUCUGAAGGAAAGGGCACAGAUGACAAAUGAAGAGGUGGCUCGUUUUGUUCAGGGUCUGAGGUCAAGUGUCACCGAAUUGGCCAACCUUCCCAUGCCAACGAUAGCUGCUAUUGAUGGUUAUGCAUUAGGAGGAGGACUGGAAAUGGCCUUGGGCUGUGACAUGAGAGUGGCCUCAUCUUCAGCUAAAAUUGGCCUUGUAGAGACAUCUUUAGCAAUCAUUCCAGGAGCAGGAGGUACGCAGAGGCUGUCCAGAGUGAUUGGCCCAGCUUUGGCAAAGGAGUUGAUAUUUACAAGUCGUGUGUUGGAUGGAGAGCUGGCACAUCAGUAUGGAGUAGUUAACCAUUGUGUUCCACAGAAUGAUGCUGGUGAUGCUGGCUUUCAGAGAGCUCUACAGCUAGCACAGGAGAUUUUGCCACAGGGACCAAUUGCUUUAAGGAUGGCCAAGUUUGCGAUCAACAAAGGCAUAGAGGUUGAUCUUCAAUCAGGAUUGAAAUUUGAAGAAGCAUGCUAUGCGCAGAUUGUGCCUACAAAAGACAGAAUUGAAGGACUAACAGCAUUUAAGGAGAAACGAAAACCAGUUUAUAAAGGAGAAUAAUUCUUCGUGAAUACAUCAAAUUACAAUACAAAUCUUUUACUGGUCUUGUUGAACAAGAAUACAUGUAUGACAAAGAGUAAUAAUGAAAAAAUGUCAUAAACUUUGUAUGAUACGGACAGUCUGUUUGUUUUAUAGAAAUAUGCAAAGCAUUCCAACUUGACAUGAAAAUUUCCUUUCUCGAAAGACUGAAUUCAACAAAAUAUUGUCUGGAUCAAGUAAAAUUGUUCUGAGGUCAUUUUUUACUCAACUUAUUAAUGUUUUAUUGUGCAAGUGUAUGGUACACUGGUUAUGUAGUGUGUAAUGGUGAAAUAUUAAUACAUUUUUUAUGAGAUUGAGUUGUAGAUUUUGAGUAUUAUUAAAUGUUUUUUGUCAUAAUGCAUUUAUAUUAAAUAUUCAAAAAUUAAUCUUUCUGCUUGGAAUGAAUUUUAUUUGCUGUUUGCUGGAAUUUCAGUUUCUUUGAAGCAUUUUUGCUGUUUUUUCUAUUGGGGUCAUCAAAAAGUACUUCUUACUUCAGACCUCAGAUUUGCCGUUUUACUCAAACCAAGAGGCUUAACUCGGUGAAAACAUUGUUUAAAUAACAUUACUUGACAGUUAAUACAGAACUCCCUAAAUGCUAAAUUACUUCGUAAGACAAAUAACAGGCUUGAAAAUGUUUUUCAGGGUCAUAGAUUGUGCUGAGGGAUUUGAUAUCUGGUGACAGUUCAGUUUAUUAUACCAAACUUACCAAAUAUGCAUAGCCUCCCUCUUUCACCAAACACUUUCUUGAUGCUUGUAUUCCCAAGGACCUUAUAUUUUUUUUUUUUGCACUACACAGUAUUUAUUUUUGCGCAGAUCUGAGAUUUUCACCAUAUGCAGGAAGCUGAAUAUGUUUCAAGUCUCAAAUCUGUAUACAUGUAUGUUUGCCCCGUGUUCUUCCCGAUUUCGACCCACCACAAUGUUGGCCGCCGUCGUAUAAGUGAAAUAUUCUUGAGUACAACGUAAAACAGCUGUCAAAUCAGAUAAAUAAGUAGUCAAACCUGCAUGUAAGAUAUGAUUACAGUACAUGGAGAAAUUUAGGUAAAUAUUAUAACGAAUAUUCAAGGGUAUCUUUUUAUGUAGGACAAUUUUCUUAAAUUCGGUUUCUAUACAGUUGAUGGAAAAUUAUAGUUUAGACUGUUGGUCAGAAUUUGGAGCAGUGUUUUAUAAAUGUAACAAGUGUCGAGAGUGGCAACAUGCUUAUUCUUUGAUAAUGGAAAGAUGUGCUCAAAGGGCUAUUUAACUUCAUAUGCAGAAAAAUGUACUUUAUCUUGAAAUGUUUGGUAAUGACGUGAAAAAAUAUCGAAUGUACGAUGAAAAGAAAAAGAUAUAUAAAUAAGCACUUCAUAAUCCAGUGUAUGUAUGCCUUAAACAUGAUUUCAUAUCUAAUCCAUGUGUGCAGAAUUCCGCUGCGUUUUCGGCCCGUCGGCCUCGUUAAAAUGAUGUCACGUAAGCAGCCAGUUUACUGCUUGCGAAAACACGACCUAGCAUUUAAUUAAAUUGGGAACACUGCUACGUCACAUAUAUAGGCCUACCUGAAUAAACUAUCUUGAAACAUACCUGAAUAAACUAUUUAACGAUAUCGGGUAUACACAGACAGCGA